GUCGAAAGCACAAGACCCGGAAGUGUCUGUCAGGACCGUAGUGAAGCGGCUGAGGCGCAAAUAUUUCAUUUUAGACCCAACAUUUUUGCCUUUUACUCUGUUUUCUUCUAAGCAGCGACCCCCGGAGCCGCUCGUCUUUUAUUAGACCUUUGUGUAGUCUUUAUAAACACGCGGAUAUUUAUGUUUUUCUGCGCUGUUUGUGAGGCUAGUUGGAAUUUAGCCUGUUAGCAUUUAGCUCACACCUGCAAACCAAACAUUAGUUUUUCCUUAAAGCCUCUCUCUGUUCUACUUUCACUUCAGAAUCAGCCUCUCCGUCUUGUUCGCUCGAAGUGGACAUGGACUUUUGACAAACCGAGCUUUAAAAGCUUAGUUUAACAUGGAUUUGUACAAAUUUAACAGUAAAAGUGCUCUGAGCUAGCUGCAGGUUGAGUUAGCUGAAUGUUGAGCUGAUUCAGGCAGGUCCAGGAGCACAUUUACAACAAUGGGACAUAAACGUGGACUAAACACGAGCAGGACUUUACUUUAUGUGUCUGUUCUGAUUCUGCUCGUCUCCAGAGCAAUAACAGCAGACUUUAUAGAUACAAACCAGGAUGGAGAGGAGGAACCGCAGCUCAAGUCUUACAUCGAGGCAGAAGAUGAGGACGUCCAUGUUGAGGCUGAGGUCAUGACCCCAGAAGCGGAGAAAGAAGAGGAGGGUCUGAGGGGGGAAGAGAAGGAGGAUCUGCCCCUACAGCCUCCACCGGUGGAAGACAAGCCCAAAGAGAUCCCGGUGGUGAACGGCGGUACUGCACACGGGGAGCCCUGUGUGUUUCCCUUUUACUUCCAGGGGUCAGAAUACUCAGACUGCACCACAGACGGACGGAGGGACGGGAGGCUCUGGUGCUCCACCACAUACGACUAUGAGCAGGACAGGAAGUGGGGCUUCUGCGAGACGGAGGAGGAGGCGCAGCAGCGUCUGGACGCAGAAGAAGCUGAGGAGCAGUACCAGACUGUGGUCAAACUGCUGAACAGCACCACACGCAGAGCCCACAAGAGAGAUCUCUAUGAGAAGUUGGUGUCUGUGGCAGAGCGGGGACAUCACAAGGCCAUGGAGAAAGUCGCUUACGCUCUGCUGUUUGGAGACUUCCUGAACCAGAACGUGUCCAAGGCCAAAGACAUGUUUGAGAAGCUCGCGGUGGAGGGCUCCCCUAAAGCCCAGACGGCGUUGGGGUUCUUGUACGCCGCUGGACUCGGGGUGAACUCGAGUCAGGCCAAAGCUCUGGUGUAUUACACGUUUGGAGCUCUAGGGGGCAACCUUGUCGCUCACAUGAUCCUGGGUUACAGAUACUGGGGCGGCGUGGGCGUCCCUCAGAGCUGUGAGUCGGCCCUGACUCACUACAGACUCGUCGCAAACCAAGUGGCCAGUGACGUGUCUCUGUCGGGGGGCUGGGCGGUGCAGAGGGUCCGGCUCCUGGACGAGGUGGAGAGUCCGGGCUCGUCCAGUGGGAUGUUGGAGGAGGAUCUGAUCCAGUACUACCAGUUCCUCGCAGAGAAGGGAGACGUGCAGGCCCAGGUGGGGCUGGGGCAGCUGCACCUGCACGGAGGACGAGGGGUGGAGCAGAACCACCAGAGGGCGUUUGACUACUUCACUCAAGCUGCUAAUGCAGGAAACACUCACGCCAUGGCGUUCCUCGGGAAGAUGUACUCCGAGGGCAGUGAAUACAUCCCUCAGAACAAUGAGACGGCGCUGCAGUAUUUUAAAAAGGCCUCAGACCUGGGAAACCCGGUGGGACAGAGCGGUCUGGGGAUGGCGUAUCUUUACGGCCGAGGCGUCCCAGUGAACUAUGAGCUGGCUCUGAAGUACUUCCAGAAGGCAGCGGAGCAGGGCUGGGUGGAUGGACAGCUGCAGCUCGGGACCAUGUACUACAAUGGCAUCGGAGUGAAGAGGGAUUAUAAACAGGCUCUGAAGUUCUUUAACCUGGCGUCUCAGGCCGGGCACACGCUGGCGUUUUACAACCUGGCACAGAUGCACGCCACCGGGACCGGAGUGAUGCGCUCGUGCCACACGGCGGUGGAGUUGUUUAAGAACGUGUGCGAGCGCGGCCGCUGGUCCGAGCGCCUCAUGUCGGCGUACGGCAGCUUUAAGGAGGGACACACGGACGCGGCGCUCGUCCAGUAUCUGCUCCUCGCCGAACAGGGAUACGAGGUCGCCCAGAGCAACGUCGCCUUCAUCCUCGACCAGAAAGGAGCAAAGAUCUUCAGUGAGAACGAGACGUAUCCUCGAGCUCUGCUGCACUGGACCAGAGCCGCCGCACAAGGUUACACCGUCGCCCGGAUAAAACUCGGAGACUAUCACUUCUACGGAUACGGAACCGACGUCGACUACGAGACGGCGGUGAUUCACUACAGACUGGCCUCAGAGCAGCAGCACAGCGCCCAGGCCAUGUUCAACCUGGGAUACAUGCACGAGAAAGGACUGGGCAUCAAACAGGACAUUCAUUUGGCGAAGCGUUUCUACGACAUGGCGGCUGAGGCCAGUCCUGACGCUCAGGUCCCCGUGUUUCUGGCUCUGUGUAAACUGGGCCUCGUCUACACUCUGCACUAUCUGCAGGACCUCAAUGUGAAGGAGCUGAUCUCACAGGUCGACCUGGAUCAGCUCUUGGGACCGGAGUGGGACCUUUACCUCAUGACGGUCAUCGCUCUGCUGCUGGGAACUGUAAUCGCUUAUCGCCAACGGCAACACCAAAUCAUCCUGCCCCCCGCCCCCGCCAGAGCCGCCCCGGAGCAGAGAGACGCCGAGGGGCAAGAGGGGCAGAAUGAGACGCCCCCUCCCCCGCCACAACAGCCCGACCCUCAGUGAGAAGCAAAAGAAACGACCCGAGUUUAUAUGAAAUGACCCGAGUUCAACGAGUGGAAUUCACAACUCGAGUUUUGACUCGUUUACAUUUAUUUACUUCAAGCUCCUGUGUCACAAACUCUGAGCUUUACUCCAUGUUUCCUCCUCAAAAACAGACCUGGAGUUGUGUUUUGUUUCAUUCUCACAUGUUUAACACUUUAUUAUUAGUUUGUAACAUCUACAAAGCUCAAAACGCUCUGUUCCACCUUGUGAUGUCAUCAAGUGGUAGUUUUCGAUCUAACCUUUUAGCUCCAGAUCUGAAAUGAUCCAAAAGAGUUUGUUUUUGAGGAGUAACAGUUUACAGUGGUACACCGUUAAUUACGUCUGUUUUAUCAGUGGUGCAGUUGGUUGAGGGUUAUCACAUUAACUGGAAGGUAGCUGGUUUGAUUCCCACUUAAAUACAGAUGUUGUGUCCCUGGGCAAGGCACUUAACAUUCAUUUCUUUUUUGACCAGAGGCUUCCAAUGAAAAAAAACAACACUUUACUGUGAUGUUUAAAAACGUGUCUUAUAUUUGUGUAUCGAUGAGGAUCUGAUUUUGAUAUUUAAAAAGUCUCACAGGAGCCAAAAGAGUAAACGAACCGCAGAGAUAAGUAGAGACUUAAGUAAAUAUAAACUGGUCAAAGGUCAAAGGUCGUGAAUUCAAGUCAUUGUUUAAAGCUCCAGAUCACACUGUUCUGACCUGCUCUCAUGUUUCCUCAUCAGACCUGGAGUUUUGUUUCAUUCACACAUGUUUGACACUUGAUGACAUCACAAGGUGGAACGGAGCAUUUUGAGGUUUGUAGAUGUUACAGACGAAUAAUAAAGUGUCAAACGUGUGAAUGAAACAAAACUCCAGGUCUGUGUUUGAGGAGGUUGGAGCUUUAAACUUAUGUAGAUGCACCGAGACACAGACAGGGGGCAGUGUGGGACAGACACGACAGACUAAAGCCACGCUGCUCGUCUUUAUGCAGAACUUUUUAGACUCAUUAGACUUUUUUUUCCUGAUUUUUGUCUUUGGAGCGCCCCCUGCAGUUUAAGUGGAGCACUGUCCAAUCCAAUAGACCCCUGAGCUCUGACUCCGCGCUGUGGACGACGCCACGUGAAUCACCUUCUGUUUGGGAUCAUCCUCAUCAUCCUCGCGACCAGCAGGGGGAGACAAAGACACUGUAUUCACCCAUAAUUCAUUUCACCGUCACAAACUCUUGAAACCGCAGCUUAGUUCUGCUUUAAACGCGUCCAAACUGCAAAGACGCUUCAAGAGACAGUGGUGGACCUGCAGAUGAGAAAAUGGACUCACUAAAUGAUUCUUAGUUUUGAAAAAUCUUUAUCCAAAUGUCCCCGACAACGCAUGUUUCAGCCAAGUUUUAUGUUAAAUUCAGACACGUUUCAGCCAUGUUUCUGUUUGAAUUCAGCCGUGGACUCUGUAAAAACAUGAGCCUUGUCAUUUUGGAUUUAGAAGUUUUUGUUUUUGUUGUUUUUAGGUCAAUGAAAGUUUGAGAAAAUUAGUCCAGAUAAAAAUCAGGUCCAGAUAAAUCUUUAACACUUGAAACGCUGGAAUUAAAAUAAAUAAUUUAUGACGAUGUGA